AUGGCGACGCGGCUUACGCCUGGAGUCCUCUGGGCCCAGAGGUCGUGUUACUCACCCGACAGCAACUACGUGUUCCUGACCAUCGCGAUUCAUGAUGUUCCGCGUCGCAGCCUCGAGCUCGACGUGCAAGAGCGCAAGGUCGUCCUCGACGCUCACUCCGACCUGAGUGACACCGAAUAUCAUCUCGAGUUGAACCUCCACGACGACGUCUACCCCAACGAGGCUGAGAUCAGGCACACGGACCGCCAGCUCGAGCUCAAACUCUUCAAGGCCGAGCCUGACUACUGGUGGCCGGCCCUGCUCUCCGACGCUGACGUCCCAUCCUACGUCAAGCAGGACUUCGAGCGUUGGGUCAACAAGGACGAGCAGGAUGGCGAGCCCGACCCUCUUGAUGAACUCGUCGCGGAUAUGGACAUCGAUACGCUCCAGGCCACGGCCGAUGCCGCGCUCACUUCGCUUCCUGGCUUUGAGAACAUCGUCACCUACACUGAGCGCCAGUCGGGUGUCCACAGAGCCGCUGAAGCGAUGGGCCAACAGGACACUGAGAAGGACACCAAAUUCGAAGACGAAUCUGACGACGAAUCUGACGACGAAGAUGAUGAGGUGACCUCGGACGACGAGACAUCCGACUCCCAUGAAGACAGUGACUCCUCUGAUGAAGAUUCUCCUUCUCCCGGUAGCGGUAGCGCCAAUGGCCAUGCUACUGGCCAUGCUUUCAGUGAUGGCGAAGGUUCUGGCGGCGACAAAUCCUCCCUUGAUGACUCUGCGCACCAGAGCAAGGGCUCUUCCCAUGGAAGCGGCCCUUCUACCAGUGACAGCACUGACAAAGAACACUCACACCACCUAGGCGAAAAGGGCCCCAACACUACUUCUGCGAACAAAAGUAAGGAUCUUCCCCAAUCCAGUAGCCAGCCCUCUAUCACCCCUGCCGGCAACUUGGCUAAGGGAACUCAGGCCCGUCGCGAGCUACCAUUCAACCUUCGGCCCUUGAGCUUCGAGGCAUGGAAGAAGUCGGUCGAUAGAAGUGUUGAGAUCUCUAAUAUCAAGCAUUCUCGAUUGAUGCAACUUCCCAAAUUUGUCCGCUUGGACAUCUUCGAAGUUGCUCUUGCUGUCACGCCUGGAAAUCGGAUUCAGUUCUUUCCCGACCUUGUCAUGAAAUGGGGCGAGCGGUACGCGUAUUUGCUUCUCGUAGGAGUGCACGAGAGCAACUAUAGCGGAAUAGUCAAUAUGAAGGCCGAGAUCAGAAAGGCCAAGAACGAGCACCACACCCAUUACUAUCAAGGAGAUGAUAUGUACAGAUGUGGAGCUCCGGCUUUGCUGUACGUCUCGAAACAAGUCAGCGAGGAGGCUUGCGUCGUGCUGUACAGAAGGAACCACUUUGCUUUCCGCGACAUCAGCGGUUUCGUCGCCCCUCGAAUGCUUCCUUCAUACGAUUGGUCGCUUCAAUGUCAACCAACUUCGCAAGCUGGAAGUUCACGUCCCAGUCUGUCUGCCAAAACCUUUGGUCUUCAGGCUGCUACCCCGCACAAGGACAGCAUCAAGGGUUCCUUUGAGGCGUGCAUCAACAUGUUGGCUGAGCGCGGCACUCUCAAGGAACUAAACCUCAUCAUUGCUCGUGACGAAAUCAAAGCCUGGAGUUUGGAUGACGACGAGCGCAUGGAGAAGCUGCCCAGAAACAUGAGAAUGGUCUUGGCGAAGCGCCUCAGCAUGGAGGAUUACAUGUUCAAGCACGUCCUGGCCAAGAUACCCAAGCUGGUCACCACUGUUGUUGUUGAAGAAAGCCUCCAUGACCCCAACCACCGUGAGGAGGAUGAGUGGGAGGGCCAGAAAGCUGACUUCGAGGCUUACCUCGCUGCCAUCGAACGGAAGUGCCAACGUUACGGCUUCCGCUACGAGCGCAGGAACCCAAAAGAUGUUGUCAGGUUGAGCCACCGCUUCUGGGGACUUUGCAGCAUGCACCUCUCAGAAGGACUCAGUCUUGACAAUCUCACCGAUGAAGACCUGGUGAACCUCUACUCUCGAGAGAUCGAGCGCAUCAAGCUGGCUUGA